CACUGUCCGUCGGCGGGGUGCUGAAGCGCUCCAGCCGCCGGAGGACCAGGCAGGUGUGCGUGCGCCCCUCCGAGUGCACUCUGGAUUCAACCGUCCGGCGGUGGGGUGGGGGGCCACCGCAGCCAUAGCCAUGGCCCUUUGCGCAGCCGCCAAUCCCCGGCCGCUGCCCAGCCUGGCCGAGAGCAAGGCAGCCUCUCACUCCUUUUCCAUAGAGAGCAUUUUGGGACUAGAUUCGAAGAAGGAGAAGAGCCCAACCAUCCCUCCGGCCAGGCCCUGGACAGAUCCCUGCCGUCCCUUAGGGGAGGAUGGGAAUCCAUGCCUAUCCAUUCCCCUCUUACCCAGUGGCAGCCUGCUCCCUCACCCAGGAAAUUACCCUCUACCAGAAGAAAGGAUCUUGAAAUGUGAGAAAUACGUGUCGGCCUCAGAAAGAUUUUCGUUCAAGAGAGAGCUGAGUUGGUACCGAGGCAGGAGACCAAGAACUGCUUUUACCAGGAACCAGAUUGAAGUAUUGGAGAAUGUCUUCAGAGUAAACUCCUACCCUGGUAUUGAUGUCAGAGAAGACCUGGCUCGGAAAUUGAAUUUGGAGGAAGAUAGAAUCCAGAUUUGGUUCCAGAAUCGCCGGGCAAAGCUGAAAAGGUCACACAGAGAAUCCCAGUUCCUAAUGGUGAAAAAGAAUUUGAACACAAAUCUCCCCAAAUAGGAAGAAGACAGAAUCUUCCGGAAUAUGUUCCACUUGUAAAUCCAGUAAUGGGCCAAUGCAGUGCCCUAGUGGCAGAAUUUGGAUUUUUUUCUUUCCUGCAUCUCAUUCUGAGUCAUCUGUCAUUUUUUUCCCCGGCAAAAGACAUUGUAAAUAAUUAGCCCUGUACCAUGUUGCAUAUUAUGUUAGAGCACUCUGGGUAAGAAAAAGGCUUUUCCUAUAUAUUUUAAUAAACAUUUUCAGAAAAAAUCAUGUUUUGGAGCAAAUUUAGUGUAAUAAAUGAAUUUAAUUACUUCACUUGAAAUAGAUCUGGUCAUGAGACCAUUAUUUAUGAAUCUGCUUAUUUAUGUACCUUUUUUCUUUUGAGUGGGCACUUAUUUUUCUUUCCGUUGCCCUUGUCUUUGAAUACUUUUU